AUGGAGAAAACGACUGCGAUCAAGAAACGACGAGCCAGGAAACCACAGCAGCAGAUCACAACCAUCAAGGACAAACAGCUCACAAACUCACCAGGCCUCGACCGAUUCGAUGACCUGCUCAACCGUCUGCGCAAAUCAACACUGGCACAGGACCAGCACAACCCAUUCCCAUCCAUACACGCCCCAAAACAGCGGCUCAGCAAGCUUGUCAGCCCAGCCGAUCAGUGCGAAAACCAGAACACAAAUCCCUCCUCGCGUAAUACCGACCAGCCUGAGAAACCAAGCCCACUGCUACUACCGGACCAGAUCUCCUCCCCACGUGUAGACCCAGAGCUCAAGACACUCUCCGCCAGGAACAGCAAGACCUCCAGAUCACCCCUCUCAUCCCCCAAGGCCACCCCAUGCAUCGUCAACCUCUGCGCCUCAUCCACCACUCCCCCCGAUCAACCAGCAGACGAGCCAGCAGAAGCAGCAGCUCCACAGCCUCUCCCAACAGCCGAACCCCCACCCAGCAGACUCGAUUGGGCCAGUCUGGUCGAAGCGGCACGGCAAUCGGACGCCGAAGAAGACCAGCUGCCCGACCUGACCGAAUGGGCUACCACCGACGAACGGACAUCGGCGCCGGACUCGCUUUGCGUGGACCCCUCAUCGCACAGACCGGUGGGCCGGACCACACCCCCGCUCGAUGUCCAGUCGCGCGCCGAGAUCUCCGCCUCGCUUGGACGCCCCGUCAAGAUCCGCCUCGGCGGCUCCAGCAUCCCGCCGCAGCCUGCUCCCCACGGAGAACAGCCCGCGAUGACAACACGUGCGGACCCACCUGCUGGGUCCGCCAGAGGCCCGGCAUCCCCACCCCCGAACCGCAGAGCUCUCAACCCGAUAUCCUCCUCCUCCCGCCUGCUCAACCAGAAACAGAAACAAUCAAUCGCUAGGUUGAUCAUACCCGUCCCCGCCCCCUCAGCACCUCUGUCCGCCAGCACCACCGGUGCGGCUGCGACUGCGCCCCCUUCCACCGCCUCGUCCCCGCUGCCCCUCUCCGCCCACCCGCCGCCCUCUUCCGCCGCCUCGUCUUCGUGCUCUCAUACUACUAUCCUGCGCAAUGCCGGUCCGCCCCGACCCGAUCUCGACUCCUGUUCGCCCCUCCCGCCCAGAAAAGACCCCGUCAGGUCCAUCGACCCUUCCGCCCUCCGCCGAGUCUCCAACUGCUUGUCCUCCGCCACAUUUCCCUCUCCUGCUCUGACACAUAUCGCCUCGUCUGCUCCUCCUCCACCGCCACCCGCAUCCACAGCCACUAAACCCGCGCCACACCCAACCCCUUGGUCUUCCUCCCCCUCCUCUGCAACAUCUUCUUCGAAGAAAAAACCCGACCCCAAUCCGCCGCUUCUCCCGGCCCAGAAAAACAAGAAGCCGAGCAAAAAGACAGCCAAGAAGCAGAAGGAUGGCCCUCCCAAAAGCUCCAGGAUCACUUCCCCGCCUCAUAAUGUCCCGUCUCCCUCCGUGAACCCCUCUCCUGCUUGUCCAGCUCCUGGGACGCCCAGAACGGGAAAAGCAUCCAAGAAUCUGUUCGAUAAACUUACCGGCGGGACGCUCCUCAACCAUAAUCAUACUCACCAUAAUCCUCCUCCCCCUGCUGCUCCUCAUCUUUCAUAA